AUGGCGAGUCCUUUCUCGAACCUGCGCUUACCCACGCUGUCUCCGGGCAUGGAUCCUUCCGGUGAAAUGCCUCCAGCGCUUUCACGUCGAAACUCCGAGCUACCGCCGGGCAAACGCCAGUCACCGCUGAAGUUGUCCAUUCCCAGCCCGCGGGCAUCCUUUUCCGUUGGCUCACCUUCGCUGACUGAAGGAUCCAGGCAGGCAGCAACGGCACCAGUCGUCGGAGGACAGAUGCCAUCGUUUCCACACUCCGGCAGUCCCCGGUUGGACGAGUUCCAUCAUACGGCUUUCUCGGACUUUCCGGACUCACCGAUGCUUCAGAUCAGUCCUGAGCACUCGCCGAUCAUGAUGAGUCAGCUGAUGGAAGCGACGAGUCCCGGGACCGCUUCUAGCCAGGGUAGCUCCAGCGCGGGUUCAUCGAUUUCACGCCUGAUGCGCUUCAGCCCGAGUUUGCAUCAUCACACCGGCAGCAUCUCACCUUUUCCGGCGGAGAUGUCUGAUAUAGCCGAUACCGGUUCGCCCACGCCUCGUCACAUCUUAUUCGGGAACUCAAAUGGGCCACUAGCAUCCGGCACAUCCGGAUCCCUGGCAAGCGCAACGUCCACCAGCUCGAUGACUACAUCCCAGGAGCUACUGAACAGCAGCAGGAGCAGCAGCAAAAGCUCCAAGCUGUCGUCGUCCACGUCCUCCUCCAGCACGACGACGAAGCAUGUGGAAAAGAGUUCCUCCUCCACGCAACGCAUGUCGUCUCUAACGUCCUCCUCCAGCAGCACAACGUCGGCCGCGGCGGUCAAGCAGGGCCUAGGCGAGAUGCAGAACUCGAUCGCGGAAAUGAAAAACAUGAUGGACCACAGCAGCUCUUCCUCGUCACAAAACACGUCCACCACGACGUCAACAUCCUCGAUCAAGUCGUCUGCCAUCACGAACCACCAUCAGUCACGCAAGAUGUCGUCCACCGCCGCGAAGAUUAACGAUAUUAAGUCCAGACUACGAUCGUCGAUGGAUAGCUUGGAUGAUCCGCAGACGGAUCCUUUAGUCACCUUCCCGGAUUCAGAAACCGACGACGAGCUGUCCAGCAUGGCGUCCUCCCUAAAACCGCUCGGUGCGAACGGUGGCAGCGGGAUCCUCGUACCGAACGGUCAUCACCACCAGGCACUCAUGAACGGCUGCUCCGGAACCGUCGAUACGGUCAAGUUCGAGCAGAAAAAGAUGACCUCCGAGUCGAAGACGAAGGUGGUGACGGAUGGGUUCAGCAGCGAGCAGGCCACCCUAAAGUCCGCCGAGUCGAAGAUGCUGCACGCGGGCGAUCUACAGUACCAGGAGCAGGCCGCUCUCGCCGCCAUGAGCAGCCGGAUGGAGGUGGACGGUGUGACGGCGGAGGAAAAGGGCGCCAUACUGAAGGAAGCCCGCUCGGUCAAGAUGGGUGACUUUCAGCAGGCGGAGGCAAACAACAUCGCGGCCCACAGUCGGAAGGUGCAUAGUGACCAUUUCAGUGCGGAAAACAAGGCAAUCUCGCAGGCGCAACAAAAGCAAACCGUAUCCUCGAGCGGCAUCUUUAACCAAGAGAAGCACAUCUCCUCGACGACGCAGUCCACCUUCACGAUGUCAAACACCAGCACGAUCAGCUCGUCGUCGCAGAUGAGCACACUUUCGUCCUCAUCCGCCAUGAACGGGCUGAUGGGCACGGAUUUCCUUUCGUUCGAGGACCUGGAGCGAUUGGGCAACACACCCGAGGAGAUCGACGGCACGAUCGUGAAGUACUCGAAGCAUCUGGCGAAUUACGUGCAGAACUUGCAGCAGACGGAGCAGCUGAAAAAAGCACCGACGCUGUUGAACCACAUGAACGAGAUCAUACGCCGAGCUUGGGCUGUUCCAACGCACGGUCACGAGCUUGGUGCGAGCCUUUGUGACACCUUACGGAACACGGGCGGGCUCGAUAUUCUGAUGCGUAACUGCGUCGACAAGGACUCGGAGGUGCAGUUUUCCUCAGCGCGGUUGCUUGAGCAGUGUCUCACGACGGAAAACCGCACGCACGUGGUCAAGAACGGACUGGACAAGGUGGUUAAUGUGGCGUGCGUUUGCACGCGUAAUAAUGCGACGGAUCACUCACGCGUUGGUACCGGCAUCCUGGAGCACCUGUUCAAGCACAGCGAGGACACCUGCUCGAAUGUGAUCCGUUUGGGUGGCCUCGAUGCGGUUUUGUUCGAGUGCCGUAAAAACGACGUCGAAACGCUGCGGCACUGUGCCGGCGCACUGGCAAAUCUGUCCCUGUACGGUGGAUCCGAGAACCAAGAGGCGAUGAUAAACCGCAAGGUACCGUCCUGGUUGUUCCCGCUCGCCUUCCACAACGAUCAGAACAUCAAGUACUACGCGUGCCUGGCCAUCGUGGUGCUGGUAGCGAACAAGGAAAUCGAAGCGGAAGUGAUCAAAUCGGGCACACUCAAUCUGGUCGAACCGUUCGUGACGACGCACAAUCCUUCGGAGUUCGCAAAGUCGAACCUAGCGCAUGCUCACGGCCAAAGCAAGCACUGGUUGCAGCGGCUGGUCCCAGUGUUGAGCUCAAAGCGUGAAGAAGCCCGCAAUCUGGCUGCGUUCCACUUCUGCAUGGAGGCGGGCAUCAAAAAGGAGCAGGGCAAUACGAACAUCUUCAAGGAGAUUGGUGCCAUCGAGCCUUUGAUCCGUGUGGCCAGCUCACCGAACGCGAUCGCGUCAAAGUUCGCUGCUCAAGCACUGCGACUCAUCGGCGAAGAGGUGCCACACAAGCUGUCCCAACAGGUGCCACUGUGGUCGACGGAGGACGUCCGAGAGUGGGUGAAGCAGAUUGGGUUCAACGAGUACGAGCAGAACUUCUACGACUCGAAGGUGGACGGGGAUCUGCUCCUGCAGCUUCAGGAGGAUAAUCUGCGAGAUGACAUUGGUAUGACGAACGGCAUCCAGCGGAUACGGUUUUACCGGGAGUUGCAAAAUCUCAAGAAGAUGGCCGAUUACAGCUCGCGCGACUCGGACGGACUGUACGUGUUCCUCAGCCGGAUUGGGCCCGAGUACACCGUGUACACGUACGCGAUGUUGAACGCUGGGGUCGACAUUGAAUCGUUGAGCGUGCUGGACGAGGACCAGCUUACGGUGACGUGCGGGAUUAAGAAUGCCAUCCAUCGGGCACGUAUCCUUAACGUGGUGAAGAUGAGUGACAUGAUUCCGUCGUUCCGCUCGGAGCAGAGCACUGAGAAGAGUCUGGAUGUGUUUGUUAGUUACCGUCGCAGCAACGGAUCGCAGUUGGCGAGUCUGUUGAAGGUCCAUCUCGAGCUGCGUGGUUUUUCCGUGUUCAUUGACGUUGAGCGGCUGGAAGCGGGCAAGUUUGACAACAAUCUGCUGCAGAGUAUUCAGCAUGCGAAGCAUUUCCUACUCGUACUCACGCCGGAUGCACUCGAUCGGUGCGUUGAUGAUGCUGAAUGCAAGGACUGGGUGCAUAGGGAAAUCGUAGCAGCACUGACCUCCGGUUGCAACAUCAUUCCCAUCAUCGACAACUUCCAAUGGCCGGAACCGGAGAAGCUACCGGAAGAUAUGCGCGGUGUGUGCCACUUCAAUGGCGUGCGCUGGAUUCACGACUAUCAGGACGCCUGUGUGGACAAACUAGAAAGGUUCAUGCGAACGGAAGCAAACACUCGAAGUGGUCUCAUGGAUCAGUCACGUAACCUUCUGAACCGAGCCCCGGGCGACGCAACGCCUUCCUCAGCGAUCUACCAGCGCAUGCACAGCAACGAUUCCGGCAAGAGCAGUGACAAGGAAAACUGUCGUAACCUCGAAUGACUAGAUGCCCCUUCGGUUGCCAACCCAUCGCAAGCCUCGCUGGGCUCGAGCGGAUCCUUAAACGCCACCACUCCAACGCCCACCAGUUCGACAGCGAAUCCACAUCCACGGUUCUACUCCUCGCUGGCGCAGAUG